UCAAUUGUUCCAUUGCUGAGCAUUUGUGAUUUGCGGGUUUAGUUGAACCCUAAAGUUAUAAAAAGUGAGCGGAAAGCACUAAACCCAAACUGAAGUCGCCGCUUGGACAUAAACCCUAAAACUGUAGCUGCAACAAACGUAUAAAUUGUUGCGACAAUACAGCCAUAGAUAUCUCCCACCAUUUCCAACAAGAAUAGGAUGACAAACAAUCCUAUUGGAGGAGCUACGAGUGAGGCGGCGGCUGAAAAUGUGGAAGGAGAUGUUGUUGUGCUUGGAGCGAAUGGCGAUGAGGAGGAGAUGACGGAUGUUGUUUUGAAUUCGAAUCGGAGCGGAGAAGAGGUGGAGGUUCAAUUGAUUGGGAAGAGUGGUGGAGAGGAAGAGAUUGAGCCGAAAGCCACUGAGGUUGUGAUUAAUCGCGAGGUUGUUGGAGGAGUGAUUAAUCGAAAGAUGGAGGAUGAGGAGAAGGAGAAGUGUGGGGUAGGAUCGAAUGGGAUGCGGAGUGAGGUGGAGGAGAAGGUGGAGGUUCAAGUGAUUGGGAAGAGUGGCGGAGAGGAAGAGAUUGAGCCGAAAGCCAUGGAGGUUGUGAUUAAUCGCGAGUUUGUUGGAGGAGUGAGUGAUCGAAAGACGGAGGAUAAGGAGGAGGUCAAGUGUGAGGUAGGAUCAAAUGGGAUGCGGAGUGAGGUGGAGGAGAAGGUGGAGGUUCAAGUGAUUGGGAAGAGUGGCGGAGAGGAAGAGAUUGAUCCAAAGGCGAAGACGAAGGAGAAGGAGGAGAAGUGUGAGGCAGGAUUGAAUGGGGUGAGUAGUGAGGAGAAACUAGGUGAUAAAAAGGGGGAGGUGGAAGGUAGUGAUAUUAGGGGUUUGGUUGAGGGCCAAGGCGGUGGAGGUGGUGCGAAGGUGACGAAAGCAGAGAAGAGGAAAAGGAGGAGGAUGGCGAGAUUAGCGGAAGAACUGACGAAUGUCAAGAAGAGGAGAAUUAGUGGGAACUACGAGAGAGGAAUUAAUGGGGAAGUGAAUGAUAAGAUGGACGUAGAUGCCGUUGAGGAUAUGGAUUUGGGGAGUAUCAAGGUGUCGGCGAGGCAGAGGCUUGUUCGGAGGUCAUUAAGAAUAGCUAGUCAGAUUAAGCUGGGGGGCAAAAUAGAUUAUACACAGCCGGAUGGAAAUGAGGGAGACUCGACUAAUGUUGAAAAGCAGGUUGGAGAAGCUAGCGGGAAGGAUGACUUGCAAGAAGACCGGGAGAAAGAAAUUAAGGGGGAAUUAAAAAAUUCAAAACAACCAAAGCAGAUAAAUAAGGGAGGAAAGAAGUGUAGACCAGCUAUGCAAAGGAGGCAGGAGCGUCUGGCGAAACAACAAGCUGCUCGAGAUUCUCGGGCUAAAUUAAUAUCUGUACUUAGACGGUUCGAUGCUUCUGAUGAUCAAGAGUACAGAUUUGAUGUCUCUUUAACAAGAGCGGAGCGUAGUGAAGUCCAUUUGUUGUGCAGUAAGAUGGGUCUGGCGUCGAGAAGCUCCGGGAGUGGGCGUGGACGACGCAUUACUGUUUACAAGCGUAGAGUGAGGGCUAAAAAGAUAAGGGAGAAUAAUAUCACUCGCUUUACGUUAUCUGAAGAGGCAAAAGAUGUUUCACUGAACUUAUUCACACGGUAUCCACCAUAUGAUUGUGGAUCGGGUGACAAGAUGGUUGGGAAAUUUGUUGAAAAAACGAGCAGAAGACAAGGACCAGAUCCUUUUUUUAGCAGGCCUUUAAUGAGCAAGUUUGAUAUUAAAAGGAAGGUGGAACUACUUACCAAUAAACUGGAAAGUGACCCGAAAUUGAAAAAGAUUACUGAAAAGAGGACUAAGCUUCCAAUUGCAUCUUUUAGGGAUGCCAUCACAUCAGCUAUAGAUUCUCAUCAGGUGGUGCUUAUAUCUGGUGAAACUGGAUGCGGAAAAACCACACAGGUCCCACAAUAUGUGUUGGACCAUGUAUGGAGUAAAAGUAAGACAUGUAAGAUAGUCUGUACUCAACCACGGAGAAUUUCAGCAGUUUCAGUUGCUGGAAGGAUUGCUUCAGAAAGAGGCGAAAGUAUAGGAAACAGUGUUGGGUACAAGAUUAAGAUGGAGAGUGAAGGUGGGAGAAAUUCAUCUAUAAUAUUUUGCACUACCGGAGUCCUCUUAAGGCUUUUGGUUAAUAUGGGAAGCAACAAUCUAGGAAAGGAAUCUUCCAAAACUAGGGAUGCUAUUACUGGGCCUGACGGCAUAACACACAUUAUUGUGGAUGAAGUUCAUGAACGUGAUCAUUUCUCAGAUUUACUGCUAGCAAUUGUCAGAGAUCUGCUUCCUUCAAAGCCUAACAUACGUCUUGUACUGAUGAGUGCUACAAUUGAUGCUGAAAGGUUUUCACAAUAUUUUGGUGGCUGCCCAGUCAUAAGAGUUCCUGGGUUCACUUAUCCUGUUAAAACAUUUUAUCUGGAGGAUAUACUUUCUAUACUGAAAUCCAAUGAAAAUAAUCACCUUGAAAGUGCUUCAAGAUUAGUUACAAGUGAGAAUAUCUUGUUGUCAGAGGAAUAUAGAGCUGUUAUAGAUGACACUAUUACUUUGGCUUGGUCCAAUGAUGAGUAUGAGCCCCUCCUUGACUUGGUUACAGCUGAAGUAGGGUUUAAUAUAUUAGAUUUUCAGCAUUCAACAACUGGAGUAACUCCAUUAAUGGUCUUCGCCAAAAAAGGCAGAGUUGGAGAGCUUUGCAUGACCCUUUCUCUGGGUGCGGAUUACUCUUUACAAGAUAAUGAUGGAGCAACAGCACUUGAGUGGGCCGAACGAGAGAACCAGAAGGAAGCUGCUGAGAUUUUGAAGAAACACAUGGAAAAACAAGUUGCGAAUACUGAGCAAAAAGAGUGUUUACUUGACCAAUAUCUUGCAAAUGUCAAUUCUGAGCUAGUUGAUUUUGUCCUCAUAGAAAAAUUGUUAAAGAAAAUUUGCACUGACUCGACUGAUGGAGCCAUCCUUGUUUUUCUUACUGGGUGGGAUGAUAUACAGAGAACAAUAGAAAGAUUAAAGCGAAACUCCUUCUUCAGUGAUGCUUCUAAGUUUUUACUUUUAGCUCUUCACUCUAAGGUCCCUUCCAUAGAACAAAAGAAAGUUUUUGAAAGGCCGCCACCUGGUUGUCGCAAAAUUGUUCUUUCAACUAACAUUGCUGAGUCGUCCAUCACCAUUGAUGAUGUUGUUUACGUUAUAAACAGUGGUAGAAUGAAAGAGAAAAGUUACGACCCUAGUAUUAAUGUAUCAACACUCCUUUCUUCUUGGAUUUCAAAAGCGAGUGCAAAGCAGCGAGCUGGACGUGCUGGGCGCUGUCAGCCAGGUAUCUGUUAUCAUUUAUAUUCGAAAAUCAAAGAAGCCUCGUUUUUGGAUUUUCAAGUUCCCGAGGUUAGGAGAAUGCCUCUUGAAGAACUUUGUCUACAGAUCAAGAUUCUUGAUCCAGCCCGCAAGAUUGGUGAGUUUUUAGAAAAGUUGUUGGACCCUCCUGCUACUCAGAGCGUGACAAAUGCGAUCAGUAUUCUUGAAGAACUUGGGGCCUUGUCACCUGAUGAAGAACUCACCGAGCUUGGAAAUAAGCUAGGUUCUUUUCCAGUGCAUCCAGUACUGACCAAGAUGCUUCUCUUUGCCAUUUUAUUGAACUGCCUUGAUCCUGCUUUAACUCUAGCUUGUGUCUCAAGUUAUAGAGAUCCAUUUAAUCAACCCAUGGAUCCUAUUGAAAAAAAGAAAGCUAUAUCCGCUAAAUUGGAGCUAGCUUCGCUGUAUGGUGGGCAUGGUGAUCAACUCGCGGUAAUAGCUGCAUUUGAAUGCUGGAAGAUAGCCCAGGAAAAGGGUCAAGGAGCAAGUUUUUGUUCAAGGUACUAUCUGUCUCCUGGCAUCAUGAAAAUGGUGUCCAGAAUGCGUAAGAAAUUCCUGAGUGAGUUAUAUAGAAAAAGGUUUAUUCCCAAAGACGGCCCUUGUUGUAGCCUUAAUGCCCAUGACCCUGGUAUACGCAAUGCUGUGCUCCUUGCUGGUUUCUAUCCAAUGGUGGGAAAGUUGCCUCUGAAUAAACGUGGACAGAAAGGUAUUGUGGAGACUGCUGGUGGUGUGAAGGUUCGAUUGACUUCUUCUUCAUCCAAUUAUAUGUUAGCUUCUGAUGGUUCUGAACCAUUAAUCAUAUUCGAUGAGAUAAUCCGUGGAGAUGCGGGUUUGCUUGUUAAGAACUGUAGUGUCAUUGGUCCGCUUCCAUUACUGUUGCUGGCAAAAGAGAUUAUGGUGGCUCCUUGUGAAGAGGAUGAUAAAAACAAAGGGGGUACUGCACCUGAAUUUUCUGGCAAGGACACUGAGGAUGACAAUGAAGUGCACAAGCAUAAAGACUCCCCUGUAGGACAGACAAUUAUGUCAAGUCCUAGUAAUAUAGUAAAGGUAGUUGUUGAUCGGUGGCUAACUUUUGAGUCGACAGCUCUUGAUGUUGCUCAGAUAUGCUGCUUAAGAGAGAGAUUCUCUUCAGCAACCUUGUUCAAGAUUAGGAAUUCAUUUGGGACUCAGUCGAAGAUUGCUGAUGACUCCAUACAGUCAGUAGCUCGUAUUCUAUCAUAUGACGGACUAUCUGGUAUUCCCUCAACAUUAAAAUAUAAGAACCAGCAGACUUCAGAAACUAGUGCACCUGAAGCUGAACAGUCGGAACUUGUACGAGAGAAAGGAACUUCGAGCCAAGACUUUUGUUUAACUUCUCUUAUGCAGCAAUACCACUCACAGAAUUGCAUGCGUCAUCAAGGAGAUGAAGAGCCUCAUCAUGGAGUUAAAGAAUCUAAAUCCGCGAAGCCUCAUCAUGGAAGUAAAACAUCUAAAUCCAGGAAGCUUCACCAUGGAGGUAAAGCGUCAGGGUCCAUGAAAAGGGAUAAGUCUGACCAACCUGGUUAUUGUCACAAGCAACUACCACCUUCUGAAUUGACAAUACCAAAAUGUAUUUAGUAUUUGAAUCGGACUGCCAAUUUUUAGUGACAGAUAACCGGUUCAAACCGCCAUCACCUGAAUCUUGCAAACUCUGACAUUUCUCAGUAAUUAGAAAUUCAGGAUUUUUUAAAAAAAUUUGUGGUUUGAAAAGAUGUACCAUCGAGAAAGGCAAUUGAAUGGUAAUAUACUAGUAUAUGUAAUUGGAUGCUCAGCCAAUAUCUUAAAGUUGGAGUGUACGUUUUUGAA